AUGAAACAUGACGAUAAUGACGACGAAGGUCGUUCACCGUCGAAACGUGAUAAAAUUGACAAACGGUCAGCGCAUUACAUCAUGAGAUCAGGGCUAGCAGGUGGUGUAGCGGGAUCCUGUGCCAAGACUUUGAUCGCACCUUUGGACAGGAUCAAGAUCCUUUUUCAGACCUCGAACCCCCACUACUUGAAAUACUCCGGCUCGAUGCUUGGACUUGUCCAGGCAGGCGUCCAUAUCAAAACCCAUGACGGUAUCCGAGGUUUCUACCAAGGUCAUUCGGCCACGCUUAUCAGAAUAUUUCCUUAUGCAGCCAUAAAAUUCAUCGCUUAUGAACAGAUACGACAUUUCAUGAUACCGUCCAAAGAUUACGAAACACACACACGCCGCCUAUUAAGCGGGUCGCUCGCCGGACUGUGCAGCGUUUUUUUCACAUACCCAUUAGAUCUGAUAAGAGUCAGACUGGCAUAUUUGACAGAUCAUAGGCGCAUCAAAAUGUGGCCUGUCAUAAAACAUAUUUAUUCCGAGCGGGCUUCGGAGUCGCUCACAUCAAAGCAUUUUGUGCCACAUUGGUUUGCACACUGGUGCAAUUUUUAUAGAGGCUUCACCCCUACUAUCUUGGGUAUGAUUCCAUACGCGGGUGUGUCAUUUUUUGCCCAUGACUUAUGUGGGGAUAUUUUCAGAGGCCCGUUGCUCGAGGCGUACUCUGUCUUACAAGUUCCUGACGAGGAGCUAAACUUGCGCUCGAAGCAAGCAAGCAAUAGACCGCUUAGGACUUGGGCAGAACUAACCGCGGGAGGGUUGGCGGGGAUGGCUUCUCAAACUGCUUCUUAUCCAUUUGAAAUAAUUAGACGCAGACUUCAAGUAAGUGUCGUUUCUCCUACUGCUAUUCACGAUUUCCAAUCUAUACCUGACAUGAUAAAAAUUAUUUAUAUGGAGCGUGGCUGGAGAGGGUUUUUUGUGGGAUUAAGCAUAGGAUAUAUCAAGGUUACGCCCAUGGUUGCAUGCAGUUUUUUCGUCUACGAACGAAUGAAAUGGUACUUAGGUAUUUGA